AUGUUAGGACCAGAUGUAGUAGAUGAAACAACAGAAAAGAUAAAGAUUGUCCGGGAGAAUAUGAAGAAAGCUCAAGACAGGCAGAAGAAGUAUGCCGAUCAGAAUAGACGUGAAGUAAUAUUUCAAGUUUGUGAUUGGGUAUAUUUGAAGGUGGCCGCACAGAAAGGGAGAGAUAGAUUCGGAAAAGUGGAAAAGUUAGCCACUCGAUAUAUAGGACCAUACCGAGUGAUGCAACGGGUUGGAGAAGUAGCCUAUCAAUUAGAGUUACCCUCAGAUAUGGCUCUUCACCCAGUUUUCCAUUUCUCGAUGUUAAGAAGGCAUAUACGAGAUCCUACCGAAGUAGAGCCGCAACGAGUAGAAAACCUUCGCUCCAACCUCACUUACCCUGAAGGACCACUACGAAUCGGAGAAAGACGAAUAAGAAAACUAAAGAAUCGAGAGAUUCCUCAAGUGCAAGUAUUUUGGGGAAAACAGCGUCGAGUAAUUGUGACAUGGGAAGAUGAAGAGAGGUUUAGAGCAACUCAUCCUAAACUGUUUUUGGAAGAUGAUGAAGAUCAGAUGGGUGGAGCAUCAAACCACUAA